AGACUCAGUGACGUAAGGAGGGGGCGGAGUCAGGGACGUUCAAAACACUGACUGUUUCUACUGCUGCCCUCAAUCCUCCUCAUCUUAGCUUCCUGUCUCUUGUUUUUGCGCUUGUUUUGCUCUCUCUGAAGACUUGUAGACGAUCACCCGCGGAUUUGUGCCUUUUGUUGCUCUGCUUUAUCGUAUAUAAUGCGGCUGCUUUCCGCAUAUGUCUUCCUAACACCGUUUCUGCUCGGAGGUUGCAUUAUCUCAUAGCAUCUUGCUGUUGUUUGUUUGACUGAUUUUCACAACUAUGGACCAGUGACCGAAAAGAAACCUGUGCAAAUGCACCUGCCGUCGAGAGGAUACCCCGCUUAUAAACUCGAAGAGGUAAGACUGCAUGAGGAAAGAAGAAAAAAACAAACAAUAGAAAGAGGAAGAGAAAAAUGUUGCAACAGCUGCAACUGUGCAAGAGGCUGCAGCAGCUGCAGCGCAUUAUCCCGCCUGGAUCCUGUGUGGAGUAUUGAGAGAGAUUGAAAGAGAGUCACAUAGAAAUCAAGAUGUUUGCAUUAAUUCGAAGUCUUUAAAUCCUAACCUGCCUGCAUGAAAAGUCUUGAAAUGGCGAUGUUGUUGUGCUAAGAGAAACCCAUUUCCUGCAGUUGACGGCCGUUUCUUCCAUUAACUGUCGUCUGUGUUUCUGUUCCUGGCGCCCAAACCAGACAGAUCUGCAGCUUUGGCUCGUUUACAUUUGUCUGAGAAUUAAAAUAAUCUGAUCAAGUUGCGAUUUUGAGACAAAAAAGUCUAAGUCUGGUCUCCUUUUUUAGAUCAUUUUGUUGUCUUCCCUUUGUUUUUGUUUUACUGCCAAAAAGAGGACCUCACCUCAUCGUAGUUCAUCUUGCGUCCUAAUCAAACUUCUGUUUUUGUUUAUUUACAAAAUGGGGACUAUAUCUUCUGUGUCAAACCUUGUGGGGACCUAUUCUUUCGUUUGGAAGAAAAAGCAGAAUUUGCAUGAUAAUUGUUUAAUUUAGGGAUAAAGUCGCCAGGUGAUUUUUACCCGAAAUAAUAUACCCAAGAAAAAGUACUUUCAUCAAAAUAGGACAAAACAUGACAAAUUAGUUUUCUUUUAUUUUUAACUGUGCAAUGUCCAAAGGCAGGAAAAGAGGAUAAAAAUAUAUAAAAAUUAGAGAUGCACCGAUCCAAUAUUUGAUAUCAGUAUGGGUCCCGAUACUGAAGAAAAUCCUAGAUUGGGUAUCGUGACAAUGGGCCUGAUGCAUAGGGGCUGAUCUAUUUAGUCUAACUCUAACUCUACAAGUAAACACGCUGAGCAGAUGCCCACAGAGUUUUCAAAAUGGAGCGAACGAAGGGGUGUGCUAUCUUGGACGUUAUCACAAAAGGUACUAUACAAAAGGUAAUUCAGUGCGGCUUUUCUGUGACAGAAUUGGAUCAGUAUCGGCCAAUACUAAACUGUAAAUAUCUAUAUCGGUAUCAGUGGUGAAAAAAGUGUAUCGGUGCAUCGAUCGAUUGUUCUGUGUUGACUUUUGAGGGACUUAAAGUUAGUCUUCACGGGGGGGAGGGUGUAUUCUUAUUCCCAUUGUUGUUUCUUAUCUGCUCCCUGUCCCUCCCCCCGCUCCAUCAGGUGUGUGUGCCCUGGGUGCAGCCUGGCCUGUGCCGUGGUGCCAAUGAAGAACCCAGGAGCUGUGGAGAGCCGCCGGCUGGUCACUCUCUUGGAGGCCGCGCUGGUGAGGGAGGCUCGCCUCUGGAAGGCACCUGUCUUCAAGAAUGGAUGCAUCCAGGUGAGAUGGGAGUUAAUUUAUACCUGUAUGUAUGUAAAACUUUUCUUGUACAAAAAAAAAGGUAGAAAAUCUCUCUGAUUGCUUAACGAAUGGAUCCAUCCUUUGGCUGCUCAGGGUGCUGACAUCUCUUCAUCCAAACACCAAGAAAUGAUCGUUUGGCUCGGGGAGAUGAACAGGCUGUUUCAGUUUUGUCCUGAGACCUUCGCACUGGCGGUCUGUAUCCUCAACCGACUGCUGUCAACUGUCAAGGUACGCUUUGUCUAAUAACGGUAGAGACUAUCCAAGUUUCUUUCUCGAAAUCCACCUGGUGUUAGUUAAAGGGAUAUUCCGGCGUAAUAUUAAUUUAGGGUCAAACACACCGCAACACUGAGUUAGACACCUCCUCGAGAGAUGAAUGUUUCCGACCGCUUGCUUCUCUAGUUAUACCAACUUUAGUAAUGACCGCACGAUAGCAAUACUCAGCGGUCCCAGGAGCCAUAAACAAACCUCAACCAAAACGCCACAGUCUUGAAUUUAGUCGAGGAUAUUAGCGAUUUACUCAAGCAUUGUGGUCGUCCUUUUCUUUUGUCUUGUAGGCCCAAACUAAAUACCUGAAAUGCAUCACUUUUACUUCUUUGGUGCUGGCUGCCAAAAUCAACGAGGAAGAUGAGGUGAGUUUUAUCCUAAUUAGAGGACACAAAGUCAAAAUUAGAAGAAAAACAAACAAAUCAGUGCUAUUUCAAAACAAUAUGUUUAUUUGCUUUUCUUUGUUCGUGUCUGUUCAAACAGGUAAUAGGCUCUGUUAAAGACCUGGUUGUGCAGAGCGGAUGCAACUUUUCAACAGCGGAGAUUCUUCGCAUGGAAAGGAUCAUUCUAGACAAGCUGCACUGGGACUUGUACACUGCAACACCAGUCGACUUCAUUCACAUAGUAAGUCAGAGUUUAGCAGAUAGCAAACAUGACAUUUCUUUUUUUUUUCAUCUUUUUUUUAGUUUUUACUGGACCUAAACCAGUCUACAGAGCAUCUCAAAGUAAACAGGUUUGACUUGGACAUGCUCUGUGUAUUCAGGUCCUGGUCUUGCCUAAAGACACAGCAGUACAAAAGCACACAUAAAAACUAUCAUGCUUGCAUCAAGUUUGCCUGAAGAUAAACCUUUACAACCCUCUUGCCCCACAGUAAAGACUUGGUCCUGGUAGAAAUUGUGCAUCUAUCAAAUUUGACUCAUUGUGCCCUUUCUGUUUUUAUUUUCUCCAUUUAUUCCGGCUUACAGUGUGUCCUCUCUCCUUUAAAAAUAAUCCCUGUUGCAAAGCAGGAACAGUGAAAUCUUGCCACUACUCCAAAAGUAAACAAAAAAAAACAACAAAUCAAAUUCUCCGAUUAGGUUCAGUUGGGUUUUCAAUUUAUCUCAUCAUGCUAACCUGAAAAUAACUGCUUUGGCACUGCUUUUAAAUGCUAAAUGAUGGUCUGUUUCAAUUGGUUUCAGUCAUCAGUGCGGAAUUGGCAUGUAUACCUUAAUUUGGACAAACUUUCAACUAGAAUUGUGCAUAUUUGGACAAAAAGAAAUCAAAGUAUAUACCAGCAAGAGGUCUGAAUGGUGCUUAGCAAUCUCUCAGACAGUGUGAGACUGAAUUUGCAAGCUGCCAACAAAAUAACGGACAUGUUGCAUAUCAAGCCAAGGCACUUCUGACUAACUCUAACCUGCUGCUCUUCACUUCACACUCGAACCCUCCAGAAACCUUAACAAUUUGGGGUUGUUGGCGUAUCUGUGUCAUGCUGUGAAUUGUUGCAGCUGUUUUUUUUUCUAUUGUCGUUUGCUGUGUUUCUUAGUUUAUGGCACAAUAUCGUUUCAAAGGUCGAACCUAUUUGCAGUGGUUCAUUGUUAAACCCUCACAAAUCAUUGCCUAAAGCCUUAACCACUCAGUGAACUGUCAACAAACACGCACACAUACGAAACAUCAUCAACACAUCAGGUCCCUCAUGCUGUUGGGACAAGGGCUGUACUCAUAAAGCUCUUGGCGAUAAAGUAUAUCAACAAGGAAAUAAUUUGGAUGGACAUGACUGGGCCUCAAAAAGAACUGGUUAGCAGGUAGCUAGCUAGCAUAUAGCACUUAAAGCUCCUUGGAGGAAUUUUGUAAUGUUUAUUAAAUAGACGGAAAUUCACGUUGAUGCAUUUUUAUGAUAUCCAAAAGCAAACAAGAGGAUCAGAAAUUCGUAUAAAGUUAUUUUUAAUGCCUGAAAAUGUCGUGAGUAGGUAGGUGUUAGCCAAGCAGCUGGAGAAACAGCUCUAUUUUUACCAUUUCUGCAUCAAUUACUCAUAGGUCAGUACGUUUACAUGACACUCGAGAAAACCGAAUUAUUGCCUUACUUUGAUUAAGACCGGAAAACUGAAGUGCAUGUAAACACCUUAGUCUGACUAUAUUUAGAGUUUGAGAGCUCCAGUUGUAGUCGGAGAACUCUGAUUAGGACACCCAGAUAAUGCGAUUGGAAUUCGAUUUUCUCUACCAUGUAACCAGCGUAGUCGGAGUAUGACAGGACAGCGCAUUUGUGCAUGCGCCACGUCCCUGUAAAGCCGGAACAAAGACCCCAGAGAAGAGGAGUGGCGUGCACCUCAUCUGCAGAAAAAGUAGCGCGUACAUCAUGUAUGACAAAGACAACGCUGUACGAUGCUCAAUCUACUUGCUCAAAUAAUUCGAUUUCCGUAGCUGCACGUAUAUGCAGACAAGGAGAGAUUCAACAAAAAAGAGAAUUAUGAGCUUAGUCUGAUUAAACUGUGCAUGUAAAGACACUGAAAAAUAGAUUUGUAUGUCAAAUUUGCCCGUCCUCCUGCUAUGUCAUAUUUGUCCACAGGGGGCGCCAACGUUGAGACAAACAGAAAGUAACUCACAGGAGCUUUAAUGCAUAAUGUGAAAGCAUUCAGGAGUGAUAAUGAAGGGAUAGCUGUUCACCCGUUUUCCUGUAAUGCCACAAAAAGUGCUUAAAAAAUCUGAAUCUGUGAGAUAAGAGGCAAAUCAGGACACGGGCCAGCAGGUGGAGCCUUUAUGAAUACAGCCCUUAGUUUUCUUAAUAGACAGCUGACACAUUAUAUUGAUCCAUACUAUCACAAGGACUUCCACUGAGACCACUUAUUCAGUAUUUGGGGAUACCAAAACCCUCAUGUGCAUCCUGUAAAAUAAACUCAUCAGUGUUUUUUUAAUAGUGAAGUCUUGUCAUGCAUUCUGUGAGUCCCUAAUCACAUCACGGACUAAAAGGACAGCUUACAUUCCCUCAACAAAUUAAUACCAGCGUUUGAUUAUAUGUGAUAUUGAAAGUACUGAAGCCACAAUCCAUAAACUGUCACAAAAUCAAAACUGCUUGGCACAUUUUGGACUGAUUCGAGUGUCGUCUGCAAAAAUCAAAAGUGGCAGUUUCCCCCACUGCUAUGGCAAGUGGAUCUGACUGGCGUUAGUGCGUUUGUGUUUACAGUGUGUGAAUUAGUUGUAGUCGUGUUACAAAAAUCCAAGACUUUUAAAAUAAAGAGUCAUAGUGUGUUAAUAAAAACUAUAAUAAAAUAAAGACUUUUCUCUUUUUUAUACUAUUCAAAUAAAUACUUUCUAGCUAUUCUUUUAAGUUAUCUCACAAUACAUUCCCCCAGCCCUAAAAAAAAUCCUCUGGAUUUCCAUUCCUGAAGAGUUUGUUCACCAUUGUCUAGAAAACAGCAACCAAUAUAAUCUGAUUAUAAUGUCACAGACUCUACACCAUGACACUAUGAUAUUUUUAAAUAGAACAUAUAUUACAUAUAUGCCUCGUCUUUACCUGACAGUAAGUCUCGACACGUGAGUAAAAACUCUUGAAUGGUGGAAUUGGUGAUGUGAUGCUCCAAUCUUUGACCGUCACUGUCAGCACGGUUGAAUCAUAAUUUUGAAACGUCCUUUUGUUUGUUUGCUACAUUACCCUGGAUUCCCAAAUGGAGUCAAGGAUGAAAAUGAACGCGAUGAUGGGGGAGACUCGGGAAAGGUUUUAGCUAUUUCAGGGAUUUCUCUUUUUCAACACAUUAUCUACUUUCCUUCAAAUAAUGAAUGGCUUAUUUUUGCUACAGCGAUGAAGACAAAAGAAAGCAAAUUAUAUAUAAAAAAAAUACAAAAAGGAGUUUGGGUGUAACAAACAUGACAAAAGUUACGAUAUUUAGAAGUACGAGCCAUGGUUCCACACAGACAAGUGUCGGGCUAGCUUAUGCUGCGUUCGAGUUACCUCGGAAGUCAGAUGUCGGAGCUGAAAAUGACGUCACACCCGAGUCACCAGCGUUUCAGUUACCAAGUCAGAAAAAAGCAAAAUUGGAGGAGGAAACAACUACAUCUACAAAAGUUAUUUUAGCGCUUGCCUUGUCUGAAUAUAAGGCAAGUGCUAAAGUAACUUUCGUAGAUGUAGCCAUCUUGUUUCAGGCCUCCGAUUUUGCUUUUUUCUGACUUGGUAACUCGAAUGUGACGUUAUUUUAAGCUCGGACUUCUGACUUCCGAGGUAACUCAAAUGCGGCAUUAGUAGCUAGCCUAGGCAAGUGACAGAUUAGCUACUUAGCUAGUCUGUCACUUGUCUGUGUGACACAAGUUAAAAAAACAAAACAAACAAACUAAAAGUCCUUUUUUAACAUCAAUCCUCGCUCAGGUUGUGAUUAACAGUAAACAGGAACACAGAAAAGCACUGCACGUACCAUACAAUACGAACAAGAUUACUAUAAUUCCUCAGGCAAAUGGUCGGGUCUUCAUUGAUAAAACCUGGUGGUGAGAUCCUCCGCCUGCCGCUCAAAGUGUCCGUCUGCACAGAGCUGCGAGCGUGGAAUUCAGCAGCGGCCUUUUAAUGCAAACAAGAAAACCACGGCGGAGCAGAAACUCAGACUGUAAAGUGACUAAAUCGUCACCUUGUGCAUUAUAAUGGAGGUUAGGUUGAAAAGUUAGAAAUGGACUGGCCUAUGUGUUGUUGAAAAAAAAAAAGGUAGUCGAGGUAAACGGGUUAAUGGAGGGAUGGCUAAUGAGGAAAAAUGACAUCAUUAUGCUAACAUUUGGUCUUGUUCCUCUUCUUUCUCGUCUCAUCUCUGGUCCAGUUCCACGCCCUUCUCAUCUCCGGCCACCCUCACCUCGUACCAUCCAUCGGGUUCUGCUCCAGCAUCAGUCGGGACUCGACAACAGACCCCGCUUUGCUCCCCGCCAGGCUGAGGCAUCAGAAGGUGCCGCCCGGCUUCCAGGCAGCGCUGUGGACCAGGCAGGUGCAGCAUUGUAUGGCUUGCCACCAACUUUGGCAGUUCAAGGGCUCCACGUUGGCUUUGGCCAUCAUCACUUUGGAACUGGAGGCGCUAACACCUGACUGGUUCUCUGUCCUCACCGAUCUGCUGAAGAAAGCACAAGUAAGAGAAAUGCACAGGCUCUCAAAUCAGAGCUAGCAUGACAGAUUUACGGUAUCACCUACUGAUUUGGCUUCUUGUCUCGAAUUUGAGGACAAUUUGGAUUAAGGCACGGCAUUGAAAGGCACACUUUGGCAAACAAAUGCUGCUCCUCACUGCCGAAAAAUGGCAACAAAGCCGCCGUUGAAUCAUUCGCUGGCUUCAGAUCCAACAUUGAGAUCAUGUGUUGUAUGUUUUGAUAAUCUAGCCAAAAAGAAAUGCAGCUUAAAAGGGAAAUUACCUCAAAUCUGGGCCACACUCAAAGGACUAGUCUCACACAUUCAAAGGACUAAAUGAUUAAAAGGGUUUUGGAUAUUCUCCAAGAGGUGGACUCAGCUUGAUAUCUGUGAAAUGAUUUGAAAUGAUUGCAAUGUAAUUGUCACAAGUCGUCUACAUUUAAGGUAAAAGUUCGCAUUUUGUAUACUGUUGAAGAUUCACCCUUGCUGCCAUUCCAAUCUGUUUUACAUCCUCUACUCCCAGAACUUCAAGUUAAGAUCCAAAAUACAGAGUAGGACUGGGCGAUAAACCAAAAAUAUACUGAUACAGAAAUUUAUGGCAAUAACCAACGUCAUUUUGCCCAUAUUGGUAUAUUUGGUGUCAAAAUAAUGAAUAAAAGUUGUUUUUGGAUGUGUGUAGGUAGGCUAUGGUCUCAUUUUCGUUAAAGACGUAACAAAGAGGGAAAGACAGGUGAGAAGAUGGAGGACGGUUCAAAAGUUGGAGCGGCGGUUGAAGUGGACUAAGUUAAUGUGGGAGGGGCUGAGCAGCUUGUAGAGUAGGUAUCGUCCAUUUAUUGUUGUCGAGGUGAACUGCUCAAUACAUCAUAUUGAGCCAGCCCUAAUACAGAGGUUGUUUAAAAGCUGAAUUUCUCUCUGAGAUCAGGUUUGUCUUUUUAGCAUUUUGCAAAUAAACUACCUUGACUCGAUUGAGGCUCUAGGACAGCUUUGAAAAUUGCGACUGUCAUUAUGUUACAAUGCUGACUUUCAUAUCCUUGGGUUGAAGCUUAAGGCCCCAUUUACAUUAACCGUCGUUUGCACCCUUCGUUUAGACGCAAACAGAAAAUUCGCCCCUGAAAACUAUGCUUUUUAAAAACUCUGGCCAACGUGGAGAUUUUGGAAAACUCUGAACAUUUGCAUGUAAACGGAGAAAAACAGGAAUGGGUAGCCAACGGCAGAUUGUUCGCAGGAAAGGAGGAAGGGACGUUGUCGUCGUUGUUGCUAUGCGGGAAUCUGAUUGACCAAUGUGGGCUUGGGCUUCUCGCUACACUGCCACCUACAGGUUCGGCAUGCUCUUGAUGGUAAAGAUACACGUGUUAGUUUAAACGAAAACUUCCUGAAAACGAUGUGGUGUGCACGCAGUUUUUUUUUUUUUUGUGUAAACGGAGAGGGUGAAAUGUCCGUUUAUGAAAAUAGCCAGGCACGUGUAAACGUAGUCUGAAAAUGUGUCAUGUAUGUCGCAUUAAUCCGAUCUGAUGUCUGAUACUCUCCCAGGUCGACAGUAGCGAGUUCAUCCACUGCAAAGAAAUGGUGGACGAGUACCUACACAGCCUGGAGUUCUCACUGCCGGCCAAUGCCGUCUACAUCUUCGACAGCGCCCUAAUCCAGGAUGAGGGGCAAGCCCGGGGUCCGACGCAGCGCCAUAAGCAGGAUCCGGGGGACCUGGACGAGUAUUACGACGGUUUUCGGUGCUUGUAUAAAGAGGAGGUAAAUCCAGCGGAGGGGGAAGACGGCGUCAAGGUUUCAUUCGAUUCCAAGCAGAAAGACGUCUCACCGUGCCCGCCGCUGCACCCCGCUGUCAACUAGUCCUACAUUUAUCAGCACAGCCCACCUUGUAAAGUGCAGUGCUUCCAUUUCACAGUGAGACUGUUAUGACGCAGGUUCCCAAAUCACUGCCUUGAUCAAAAAGCUGGUUUUAGAUGUAGCUCUUGUUUUUUUUUUUUUUUUUUGCAAAUAGAUCAGCAAGAAAAACCCCGAGACGUCUUCAUGUUUGGGAGAAAAUACCUGGCUGAUGAGUCUGAUGCACAAUUAUUAAUGGUCCAUUUACUUUUAUUAACGCCAUGUUUGUUUAGAUUUUUUUUAACCUACCUGUUCCUAAAACUGCUCCGUAUAUUUUUUAUUUCUACGAGUUGCAGGUGAAAGGUGAGGCGGUUGUUUGUAUUUUUUACGAGUGCGUUUGUAGCCUAUAGACGGGCUUUUUUUGUACGUUUGAGAGUCGACCCUGAUUUUGUCCGUUGAGAGGUUUCUUGGUGCGCAGGUUCCUCCACAGAGCCACAUAGCACUUUGAGAUUAAGACGAGCUUUUUUUAUGCAAAUAAUUAUAUAUUUUCACAACUUAUUUUGUAUUAUUUUAAUCUCUUCACUUACUUGUACUAAACUUUUAUUUUGUGUGGUUUAAUUACCAGUUAUUUUAAAAAGCCAAUAAUACAAAAAAAAGCUUUAAUUUUCUUUAUCUUUUUAACAUUCGAGGCUUUGUUAGUUAUGCUUCACACGACUGUUGUUACAUAACAAACAAGGGCACCUUUGGGAGAUGAGUCCAACACUAGAGAAUGACAAAAAAACUGUUAUUUGACUUUUUUUGGGACUUCUUUUUUUAUUUUAAUAUAUUUCCAGUAUGAAAGCACCAACAGCUAACCCUAAAUACUGUAAUAUGACUGUUAGUCUUUAUGAAUUAGGACAAAUGUAGCCUUUUAUUUUGAAAAUCCCACCUGCUAGAGUCAGUUUCAUAAUCAUGUUGAUGUAAAUUGCCAAAAUACUGAUUCUGUCUGAGCAGUUGAAGCUUAUAUGCAGUAAACAGACUUUUAUUCUCAUCCUGUAACUUAAAGGCUGCUGAAGUUGACCAUUUAGAAAUCUUCAAUGUGAACAGGUUUCUGCUUUUUUUUUUUGUACUGUAAAGUCUGCUUCAUUUUAUACCGUUAAGAUGGAUGUUACACCCAUACCUGAUACUGAGCUUUCUUCUUUGUAUCCCUUUAUUUACUGAGGCAGCUAUAUCUUAUCUUCUGGUCAACCACAGAAAUAAAGCUAUGACUUUAAAAGUCCAAG